CCGUUUUGUAUGAUAAUAAAACCUCAACUCCUCGCUGCAACGAUGCCCGUCGGAAACCCCUUCGCCCCCUCCUCCAACCGCUCUUAGUAGCUCUCCAUCAUGACUAUCUCCUCGUUUAGAGGGUCUUACACGUCCUAUUUUUCCCCAAUGUCGCUCCUCAGCCUUCCCCCUGAGCUCCUCACAGAAAUUUCGAGCUACAUUCCAGAUCGACAUCCUACCCUUGGUUAUGUCACAAAUUCCAGCGACAUUGCUGCAUUUUCAUCAGUGUCAAAGGGCCUUCGUGCUAUUGCACGACCAGUCCUUUUCCGAAGCGUUCCGAUCACGUCCAAGGUGCGUCUGGACAGGCUCAAGGCGGUUAUGCCAGAUGCCACCGAUCCUUUGGAACUCAUACGGGAACUAAUCAUUGUUAUGGACGUGGAUUUUGUGAAAGCCUUCGAACACUUCGCCUUGUCUUACUACAAUGACCCAGCCCCAUCGGAUCCCCUUUGUCCUUUCCUCUGCUUGAUUUCUAUCCUCUCGCGCACAUCACGCAUACAUACCCUUCGCAUGCGCGUCGCCCACGCCCUAGGGACUCACGCUUUUCCGAGACGCCACUCGUCAGUCCUUGACGCUGGUCUCCCUGUAGGCAGGGCUAUAGCUGAUGCACUUCGGCAUGUUGAGCCAUUUGACCUGCUUUCACUGCGCGGUCUCGAAGUCGAUGGCUUCCAGGACAUGGAGUGCCUCUUACGACUCGCCCCUCGUCUGGAGAGACUCAAACUUAGCAUGCCCGCUGGUUUCGGCAUGGGCGUCAACGAGCAGCUUGUGAAAGCAUUGACCUGUGUGCCUCAACUCAAAGAGCUUUCAUAUGACCCUGUCACUUUGUCUCUCCCCCGGGGCGCCGUGAAUUAUGAUGAUGACAGUGACGUUGAAUCUGAAGGAGAGGAAGAUGACAAGGACUUUGAGGAUGACCCCGCCAAAACCAGCUGUGACUUGCUAGUUGCUCUUGGUCGAAUUCUUCCGAACCUGGAAGUACUAGAGCUUCAGCCUCGCUGGUUUGGGAGUGUCACUCUCUUUUGUUCGAGUCCCCCGCUGCCUGCAAAUGUCCUGAUACGGGCUACCGCAUACCUUCCCAACUUAAAACGCCUAUCACUACCAUCAUCCGUACUUUCCCCUGAACAGCACACCUGCCUUCGCCUUAGGUCUCUUUGGAAAGUUACGCCCUCGAAAUCUCUACCAGCACUAUUCAAUGAAGCUCUGCUUCGUAAGCGCACCGAAAUCCUACAGCUUGUUCAAUCAGCCGAGCUUGACACCAUCAAGGAAAUUGCACAGCACGCGCCAGGAAUAAGAUCAGUUUGUUUUCUCAGAGUUGCACAACCACAUGAGAUUCGGGAGCACAGCAUAUCCUAUCUCGUGCGAACAUCUUCCGCUUCGCCAGGGCGCCAUACUGAGGACAAACGCCGUGGCAAACUGUCCGUUCGUGUCGAAGACAUCGAAGUUGUGUCACCGAACGAUCUCUAUUUCCAUCAGCGGCGGAUCAAGCAUACCCUGAGGAUGCCAACGGUGGCGUUGCCUAUGUUGCCACUGGGUAUUCCAUCACCCGAUCUCAGGGCUUCUGCCAUCUCCACUGACCAAGAUGACUGAGGUCUCCACGUUACCUCAUUACCCAUUCUUUAUUGGCUAUUUCAUUAGACCUUCCACUUAAUGCGCAUGCAACACGCUCGUUUCUCUUGACUGUCGUAUUUUACUAUACCUCGGACCAUUCCAUUGUCUUUUAUCGUCCUCUCCUUAUACCCUUUUGUAGUAUGGAAAUCCAUGAAUACUGUAUCCAUUUUUACGUUGUUUUGUACCUGCUCAGUGGUUUGCUUCAUCGAAAUAUUAGUAUUCCAGGACUUC